UCCAAAGUCACCAGCAGUAACAACAAUCUCAACUCUCAAGUCUCAUCCAAAGAAAACGUCGACUACAAUAACGAAUAAUUAAGGAUUCUAAAUAUCUGGUUAACCCCCGUCGCAGAUGGUGAAGCCCGCAGCCCAGAAACGAUCUUCAUCUCCACCCUCAACAGCAGCAACGUUAGAGAGAUUUAAGGUUGCCGGUGAUCACUCGAGUAGUAGCAUUAAGUACACGGGUGUCCGAAAGCGCAAGUGGGGGAAAUAUGUUUCCGAAAUUAGACUUCCCAACAGUCGGGAGAGAAUCUGGUUGGGUUCCUACGAUACGGCCGAGAAAGCGGCCCGGGCUUUCGACGCCGCGCUCUUUUGCUUGCGUGGCAAGUUGGCCAAGUUUAAUUUCCCUGAUAACCCGCCGGAGAUUGUCAACGGAAGGUCAAUGACUCCGGCGGAGAUUCAGGUGGCCGCCGCCCAGUUUGCCAACUCCGAGCACCGUUUGAUCGGGGAACCGGCCCGGAUUGACAAUUUGGUUUCGGAUAAUUCUUCCUCUUCCAUUUCCUCACUUGAGCUCCAGGCGGAAUCGCCCUGUCCUUCGGUGUCGGAUGGGGUGGUCCAGUUGGAGAGUGAAUUGCCCGAAAUACCUCUGGACAACGCAUUCUUGGACAUGUUUGGAAUAUUCCCUGGGUUCGAUGAUUUUUUUGUGCCACCCAUGCCUACCGUUGAUCUGGAUGGAGAAGAGAAUUUUGAAGGAUAUUUUUCACAGGAUUCAACUCUUUGGAACUUUUAAGCAGCUUCCAAAAUCAGUCGUCACAAUUCUGCAAUUUUUUUUCUGCUGCAGGAAUUGCUGACUUCUUCCCUUCUUUUUUCCUGAUUCUUUAUCAAAUUUUGGGUCGUUGAUGGACCAAUUUUAGUAUGGCCAUCGACUCUUUUUCUCCUCCCCUUGGCUGAUUCUUUCAUUCUUUCGGAGGUUUCAUCAUUCACUUAUAGGUGAAUUGCGGCCUGUAAGGCAAAUUGUGAAUGGAGUUGUAGAAUCAUUCUUUUCAUUUUUUUACAUAUAUGAAAUGUGCUAUUCUUUUUAAAACUGUUUUCAGCUGUUCUAUUCA